UCCGGUCAUGUGUAGCCUCACAUCCGGAAGGUGGGGCUUUUGUUGCAGGAGCGGUUAGUAUCAGGGAAGUCGAUGAGUCCAAAUCCACUAUUCAUGCAGGCGUCCAGAUAACAUCCACCAGAGACACGGGGUACUGAGGUUGUGUCAGUGACCGUUUGGGUUCAGAGAACUAUAUGAAUGCGGGUGUGUGUGUGUGUUUGAAUGCAAAGAAUCCAGCAAUGGCGACCAGUAAAAGUAAAAACCAGAGCUCCCUGGCACUGCACAAGGUGAUAAUGGUGGGAAGUGGAGGUGUGGGGAAGUCGGCCCUCACCCUGCAGUUCAUGUAUGAUGAGUUUGUGGAAGACUACGAGCCCACCAAGGCAGACAGCUACAGAAAGAAGGUUGUUCUGGAUGGGGAGGAGGUCCAGAUUGACAUUCUGGACACAGCAGGGCAGGAGGACUACGCUGCUAUCAGGGACAACUACUUUCGCAGCGGGGAGGGCUUCCUACUGGUCUUCUCCAUCACAGAGCACGAGUCUUUCACCGCCACUGCUGAAUUCAGGGAGCAGAUCUUGCGGGUGAAAGCGGAGGAGGACAAGAUCCCUCUCCUGGUGGUGGGGAAUAAGUCAGACCUGGAGGAGCGCCGGCAGGUGUCCGUGGAUGAGGCCCGAGGGAAAGCUGAGGAGUGGGGCGUCCAGUAUGUGGAGACAUCAGCCAAAACCAGAGCCAACGUCGACAAGGUAUUCUUUGACCUGAUGCGUGAAGUACGAGGCAAGAAAAAGUCUGAAAAUGAAAACAAAAAUGGUAAAGGAAAGAAUAAGAAGAACAAGAAGAGUUUCAAAGAGAGAUGCUGUUUACUUUGAACUCCUCAUGGACAUUAACACACAACCCCACAAUACAACUGUGGAGUUGGGCAACAAAGCAGAGCGUCAUUGCGAUUGUCAUUCAAAGGAAAUGUAAUCUUUUUUUUAGUAACCGUUGUAGUUAAGUGUCUAGAACAGUCUCAACCACUAUUUUUUGCUGUUUCAUUGGAAGAUAACCACUGUUGUGACUGUGACUGCAGUGCUUGAUGGCUCAAGGUGAAGCCAGUGACCAAACUGCCACUGACACUAACUCUGCUGCUCCACUGUUUAACUCAGCGAUUAUACUGCCUUCGACUUUGGUUCAGUGUGUUUUACACCCGAAUUCUUGAGUCUUUGUCAAAAACAGUGCUCUUAAUUUCUUCAUCUGCUCUUGAUCUUAACCUGCACAUUUUCAGUCUUGGUAUGGACCCCUUGAGUCUAUGAUUAUCAGUUUAGAACUCUAAAGCUGGUGUCUGUCAUAUUUGUAAUGAUUCAUGAUGACAGUGUCCUGUCUGUGAAGAUGUCAGCCUCAUUCACUCAUCUGUCCAGACUUCAGCGUGUGCUUGGAAUGACUGUUGAAACUGUGUCAAAUGUUUUCAUUGUUGAGGCUGCUUUUUUCAGCUGAUCCAAUGAUGUGUGAUAUUUUUUUUGACCACAGAAUAAUCAUUGUGCAAACUAAAUAUUUGUUGCCAAAAAGUUUUUUUUUUUUUAAUUCCAUUAACAGGCCUUACAUGGUGAGUGCACAUAAGUCACAAGAUGCUUUGCAGUCUUCAGAAUUAUUGCUGCAAAGUGAAAUCUUGAUCUUGAUUUAAUGUCAUAGAAAUCCCUGAAAUGUCUGAUAGAUACUCUACAUGAAAGCCAGGCUGUAAUAUUGUCAUGAGUAUGCUGAGCAGCGAGUGAGAGGUGAGAGUGGUUCUGGUUUUCUUCAUGGGGCUCUGCCAUGUUCAUGCAUUCUGGCCUUUUCCACCCUUCUCACACUGCAGACUACUUCCUGUUUGGGGUAGAGUCGAAGUUUGGAGUCUUUGCUGGUUCUGCACUGUGAGACAGGUGUCGACAAUCCAGGAGGCUGUCACGCUUCUGUCCCACGAUGUCGUUCAAAUCAGUAGCUGCUUAAGAAUCGGAACAAUACUGAUGUCCUUCCUUUUUUAGUCCUGGGUCUUUCAAAUAAUAUGCACUACAUUGCCAUUGCCUAAGAAGUGGGCUUCAUGCAGAAUGAUGUCAAGCUGGAGAUUUUGGAAACAUUUGUGCCAAGAAAAAAUUACAAAAAAAACUUUAACCAUGUUUGUGGAUGUACAGUGUGUUACCUGAGCAUAUGUGCAUUUACCAGGAAACCCAACUUACCUUUCCAUCUGUGUUACUGAAGCUUUGAUGAGGGUGCCAACUUCUGAACUGCUUGAUCAAGUGCUACAGUAAAAACAAGAUGUUUCUACCACUGCCUGAACCAUUCUUUGUAACAUGUCCUUUUUUUUCUCCUUUACUUCCUAUACUACUGUGAAUAUGCUUCUGUCUCUCUGCAGGGAGAGUGUUUCCCGAAUAAAUGCUUUUUUUUCUUUGUAAA